AUGUUCACCUGUGUUUACACUUUUUUGUUUAUUGUUGGUACUGUUUUCGGAGACGAUGAAAACCAAGCGAAGCUCAGAUAUUAUUACAAUUCUUUCGAAGACUACACAGAGUUACCGUUUGAUAGAGCAACAGAAAUCUUUUCUAAAACCUGGUACAAUUCUAGCAGAACAACGACUAUUUUCUGUCAUGGGUUUACAGGUCAUCCCGAAGGACCUGCGAUAACUGCUAUAAUGAAAGCGUAUCUGGAACAAGGGCAAAGUAAUGUUGUUCUUUUAAAUUGGGACCGACUUGCCGCUUCUAUAUUUAACGCUAUACCGCAAUCGUAUUUAAACUGGGCUGUUCCGAACUCCAUAAAGCUUGGUGUCGACUUCGCUGAAAUUCUAAUGAAACUUUCUGAUGCCGGCUUGGAUUUGAAUAAGACGCAUUUAGUGGGACAUUCACUUGGAGCUCACAUCAUGGGUAUGGCUGGCAACCUAAUUGCUAAGAAAGGCGUACUGUUGCCAUGGAUCACAGGUUUAGACCCCGCGGGAAUUGGUUUCGAUUCUAAGUUCCCUGAGGAAAAGCUAAGCCCCAAGUCAGCUCGCUUUGUGGACAUUAUACAUUCAGAUCCCAAUAAAUAUGGCACCAUUAGGUCCUUGGGCACCGUUGACUUUUGGCCAAACUAUAGAAGUGUUGGUAGAGUAAUACAGCCUGGAUGCGUACCACGGAUAAGUACUCCUUUCUCUCCAGAAGAUCUAUGUAACCAUAACCGCAGUUGGGAAUUAUACCUCGAUGCUAUGAAGCAACCAGAAACCAUCAUAGGAAGUCACGCGAAAAGUUUUAGGGUUUGGAAAAAAUACAAUAAAAAACAAAGAGCUGAAAAGGUGCUAGAGAUUGGAAAAUUUGAACCUAAUGCGGUACCUGGAAACUAUUACCUCUUGACGUCAGCUAAGUCACCAUUUGGGCUCGGUGAAAACGGUCUAUAG